GCACUGCGCAUCUAAUUGGCCAACUAAUCUUAUUUGUGUGUUGCAGGAACAUUUUAUAGAUGUUAUAAGAAUAUUCAGAUUCUGGUUCAACUGGCCAGUGGCAAGAUUGAUAAAAUGUAUCCAAGUCAAUACAAUUAUUCGCAAAUGCAAGCUGCAUGGCCAGCCAUGUAUGGUCAGCAAUAUCUGCCACAACCUGGUCAAGUGAACCAGCAAGCCGGUCAGGUGGCACAACAACCUGGUCAAAUGACCCAACAACCUGGUCAAGUGACUCAACAACCUGGUCAAGUGACCCAACAACCUGGUCUAGUUACCCAACAACCUGGUCAAGUAACCCAACAACCUGGUCAAAUGGAAAAACAAUCUAAUCAAACUGGGACACAAUCACAGCAACCAGGUCAACAAGUACAGGCUACUGGAACAAGCUAUGGGCAAAUGAUGGGGCAGCAAUCACAUGAUCAGUCUGCCAAUUAUGCACAGGCACAGGCACUGUACACACAACAGAGUUUGUAUGCGCAGCAAUAUGCAAGUCAACUUGCGGCAUGGAGUCAACAACAAGCAAAUCAGUAUGGUGCAUGGAAUCAAGCAGGGCAGUGGAAUGCAUGGAGUCAGGCGUCACAACAAGGUACACCACAUGUACAACCGGACCAGCAAGUGCAACAACAGCAGGCUAUGCAGCAACAACAGCAGCCACCUAUGCCACAGCAGCCACCUAUGCCACAGCAGCCGCCUAUGUCACAACAGCCACCUAUGCCACAACAGCCACCCAUGCCGCAACAACCACCUAUGCCUCAACAGCCACCAAUGUCACAACAGCCAUCACUGCCACAACAUCCAUCACUGCCAAAACAACCACCCAUGCAACAACCACCAGAAUUUAAGCAACCACCACAAGGUAUGCAACAUCAACCAGGGACACAGCAACAACAGCAAGGUAUGCAAGGGCAUCAACAAUAUCAUCAGCAACCUAUGCAACAACAUGGUAUGCAAGUGGAUCAGCAUCAGCAGCAACAAUAUCCUCAGCAACAGUGGCAACCGUAUCCGCAACAACAACCUAUGCAGGAUCAGCAGCAGUACCCACAUCAGCAACAACAGCAACACAUGCAGCAACAACAACAACGACAGUACCAACAACCUAAACAGCAGCAGCAACAGCAAUACCCGCAUCAGCAUCAGCAUGAAACUAACCAGAAGCAACAACAACAACAGCACAAGCCACAACGUCAGUAUGGCAAUAACAAGUUUGGUCAACAAAACAGAAAUCAGCAAAAUUGGAAUGCUGGAAACUUCAAUCAACAAAACCAACGGCCACAACAAAGACAGCAAUACCACCAGAAACAACCACCACAAAAACCUAUUCAACCUUUAAUGCAACAACAGGUAGUGGAACCUCAAAACCAACGAAAUAACCAAGACAAUUACCAAGCACGAAACUCAAGGCCUAGUUUUAAUCAACAAAAGCCUAAUCAAGGCCCACAGAAACCAUGGCAAAAUCAAAACAAACCAUAUAAUUCUGAGAAUAAGCCAUGGAUUAGAGCACCAAAUGCAAACAAUACCCCAGAAUCUAGUAGACAAUUAAACAACAAUAUGACACAGCAAAUCUAUGACAGACCACUUCAACAAACACAAGGAAAUAGGCCAACAUUGCCUAAUCAACCACCUCCCACAAGGCAUCCAAUUCAAAGUCAAGAUACGAAUCCUCCUUCACUCCCAUCAUCGUCUGGAGGUCCUGCUCCUUUGGUUCCACCAUCACUAACAAACACUAAAUCUGCAGCCCCGUCUAAUGAAAAUACUGACAGCAAAGUUGACAACGAAUCAUUUGCGUCAUUAACUGAUCAACUGAAAGCAUUGGAAACUCAAAUUAAAACCUAUCAAUCAGAUUACCAGAAAUGGCAUCAAGAUUUUGUCAAGUGGCAGAAGGAGCACCAGAACCAUCCCGAUCAGAAACAGUAUAUUGACUAUCAAAAAAAAUAUCAGAAGAUGAUUGAAGAUCAGCAGGGAGAGCUGAAAAAGCAGUAUGCUGAAUUGCAAAAGAAAAUUGCUCUUAAAAAGGCUGAGAAGAAAUCAGCUGGAGCAGCAAAGAUUGCUGCCUUGAUGUUAAAAUCGUCUAACAAAGAGUCUGAAGCGAGUCAGAAAGAUACCACAGUGUCCAAAGAGAAAGAAUCAGCUACUAGUAAAUUAAGAACAGAUCCAGUCACAACAAAAGCUGCCAUCACAUCAGCUCCUCCUGUUCAGCCUCCUCCACCCAAGUCUGACAGUUCGACGACACAGAAGGCGAACAGCAACAGUUGUAAUAUGAUGAUACGCCCUGAGAAUGAGUUUGUCGGUGUAAAAUGUCGGUUUUUCCCACAAUGUACACACGGCAAGAAAUGCAAGUUUGAACACCCAAUGUGUAAAAAAGCUCAAAGCUGUGUGGAUCCAUCUUGUGCAUUCGAACAUCCCCAAAAUAGAGAUUUGAAAGCAGUUAAUGAAAACCAAGCAAAGCAGCUAGCCAGAAAUACAGCAGAGAAUUCAACCAAGAUCGAGACUACGAAUCCAGGUGCAAAUAAAGUUGUACCACCGCAAUCGUGUCCCCCAUCCGCAAAACCUAAACCAGAUGAGAUACAUCAACAUAAUAUGAAAAACGAAAAUAUCGAGACUAUGAAGGAAGAUGAGAUCAGCAGAAAGAGACAAUUUGCUGUCCCUUAUGAGGAGCAAGCGCUGCCAGCGAAGCGUCCCCCUAUUGAUCGCUCAUUACCUUCACUGAUGUCACAGAGUGCCACUCCAUCUCAACGAGAGCGCAUGCUUCCUCAUUUAGGCCAGAUAAAAAAAGACGAGCCUGUAGACGUUUACAGUCCUCACUUAAAAGCACGUGUUGGCGAAAUUGUCGACAAACGACAGCGUGAAAUAUUUGGAGGGAAUAGCGUCGAUUUAGAAUAUGAGCGAAGACGAAAGGAGAUAUUGGGAGGAUUCCCAGAUGUGUUACGACCAGAUCCAGCUGCAGAUGAGUAUGAACGUCGAAGAAGACUUAUUCUUGAUGAUCCAUACAAUGAUCGUUUUCCACCAGCAGCGCCGCACGAUGUAGGGAGAUACCCACGUGAUCCAAUUGACAUGAGAGAUGAACCAAUCAGACGUUUAGAACCUAGAGAGUCUUACCCACCACUGUAUAGAGACCCAGCUUAUAAUAGAGAUUUAGAUAGACCAUUUAAUGAAUUUGACCAUAAACGAGACCCGUACGAUUUACCUCCAAGACGACCUAUAGAACGCGACGCCCCUUACACCAUCGACUAUGGUCAUGUGCGUGUCGAGAAUAGACCUUUACGCGAUCCAGACCCCUAUUACGAAGGAAGAGGUAUGGAACGCGAUAGGUAUCCCUUAGAUACGUUGGACCAAAGAAGAGAUAUGUAUGAUCGUCCUGAAGAUCGCGGAGGGCGUAGGGAAUACUUAGAUCGCUAUGGUGAUAUACCGCCAAGAAAUGUAUACCGACCUAGAGAACUGUAUGACCCGUACAGAGGACCGCGUGAACACGUAGGAGAACCAUUAGACCGAUAUAGAGAUCCUUUGGAUCGUCCAAGAGACCGAAUAGACUAUUUGCGACGUCCCUCAGACCGUCACAGAGAACCUACCGAUCGCUACAGUACAUCGAUGGAUUAUGGUCGUGAUAGGUACGAGUCCCGAGACAAAAAACUUGAAGCUCCAUCAAAAAGAGGGGCACCGUCUGAGUAUUUACGAAGAAUAGAAGAACGUGAGCGUGAAAGAAAAGAUAGAGAAGGCAUGCGCGAUUUUGAAAUGUUGUACAACAAAGAUGUUGGUUCACCACUUGAAAAUAAGCGCUCAGCUGCCGAGCUGCGUAUACCGGAAUCUGAACUUAAACCCGAAAUCAUAUCUGCCGCUGAUAUUUUAGAUAAACCUGGACGGGAAAGAAGACCUAAAAAUAUCGUUAUCAUUUUACGUGGCAUACCUGGUUCGGGAAAAUCUCACAUCGCCCGUCUAAUCAAGGACAAAGAAGCAUAUUAUAGUGCCCAGCCUCCUCGAAUUCUAGCUCUCGAUGAUUACUUCAUGCAAGAUGUAGAGACAAGUGAGACACCUCCAGGACAAAGUAAACCGGCUACUGUAAAGAAACAGGAAUAUGUAUUUGAAGAGGAUAUGGAGAAGGCGUACAGAGGCAGCUUGUUAAAAGCUUUUAAUAAAACACUAGUAGAUGGCUUCUUUCCCAUGGUCAUAGUUGACGCGAUUAACGACAAGACGAGUCACUUUGAUCAGUUUUGGAGUGACGCUAAACACAAAGGAUUCGAGGUGUUUAUUGCUGAAUUGCAAGGCGACCUAGAUACGUGUUUAGAAAGAAGUGUUCACAAAAGACCAAAGGAGGAAGUGCAAAAGAUGAUGAAAAAAUGGGAAAAAGCACCUGUUUAUUACAAGCGGCUGGAUGUAUCUGAGUUGUUACAGGACGCUUCUAUUGAUGAAGUGGAGAUGGAGGAAGCUGUGGCGGAGGACACGAACGUUGAAACAAAAAAAGAGGAAGAGGAGGAUGAAGAGCUACCUACAAGUUUCCAUAUUCCUAAAAGUCGAUGGGAGACAUCAAAAGAAGAAACACUUGCCAAACUUGACGGUAUCAUAAAGAGAAAGCCGAAGGGGAACGUUUCUCCGAUAUUUCCUGAAGCUGAUGACGAAGAAGAGGAUGAUCCGUAUGGUGAAAAAGAGGCUGAUAUGAGAUUGGGAAAAAAGAGGGUUCGUUGGGCCGAUAUUGAACAAAAGAAACAAAUUGAUCACCAAAGAAAGAUCGGGUUUUCAAUUGGAAUGGAUUGGAAUAUCCUCACUGAUCCAAACGCUCAAAUACCCAAAUACUGAACGACUCAGAUUUUGCAUGCAGGUGAAGUACUGUCGUGGUUAAGAAGUCAUAGCAUCAUAACAAAGAAAGAAAUUAUUUUUAAAGAUCGUGUUUUUUUAAAAGAAGAAACAUCACCCGGCCCAAAAAAUGCAGUACCAGAAAUUUUUUAUGCUGACGUUAUAACACAAAAUUUCAUUGUAUUUCUUAUUUUCAAUUAAGUCGUGUUUUUUUUUCCUAUGUCCUACAUUUUAUAACGCACCCAACUGCUUUGGCGACGCUGUUUUAGUAGAUCUAUCAAAAAAGGUGCAAUUUUUGAAAAAUCUAUUCCCCAUUUUUACUUGUUAUCAAGUGGUUCAUCUAUGAGCUGGGGCACUGGCUUAGAAAACAUUCGCCAUGAAUAAUUUAAGCCUAUUUCUGCAAUAGAUAUCAAGUAGUUUUCACAAGUAUUCUAGGUUCAAUUUUAAUGUUGUGAAAUUUAAUCAUAAGUAUGGAUCAUUUCUGGGUAGAGAUCAUUCAUAAUGGCUGUUUGACAGUUGUAAUUUGUGAUAAUAUUAUUGUAAGGUAGUAAUGUUUUUUUUUAUUACGUUUGGAAACAUUCCAAAGU